CCCGUCGUCUGCAACAUUUAAGGGAUUUAAAAAUGGAAGAAUGCCCCAGUUUCUUGACCUUCAAAACCGUAGGGGUCAGAUUUGAAAUGAUUUCUUGGUUGUCUGUCUAGUAUAGUCAUUGCGACUGGAGUGAUUUUCAAAUUCCACGUUAUAAAUUUCAAGAUUCAUUUGCUGAUCCGUUUCUGUAAAUCGAGUGUGUCGUAAGAACGUCCAAACUUCAAUCUGUCGCAAUGGGUACGUUGGCCGCAAUAAGACAUUUCAUUCAAAACUCGACAAAGCUGCUUUUCAAGAGACUAGCAUUUUUGAUUGAACGGGUUUAUAAAUGGCACUGCUUUAGAUUGCUCUGGGCUUAUGUUCUAGCCAAAAAAAUGGACGAGGAUCAAGAAGCAGUCAGGAGCAUGUCUGAUAAACAGCUGAGAGUCCUUGUCUUGAAUAAUGGGGAACAUCAAGAUGGAACACUUUAUCGGUUGCGUAAAGGGUGGCAAGUGGAAUUCAGGCUUGGGCCAAGUCUGCUUGGAAAAUCCAUUAAUCUAUUCACUAAUCAUCCAUUGAUACCACAUCAGAAGUUUGAAAGGGCUACGUACUAUCAAUUGCCUUGGAAGAAUGAGUCCGCCUCCUUAACUCUUGCAUUGGCAGGAUCAUUCCACUACUACAUCACAGAUGCCAGCGAGGAUAGCAGCGAAGUUCCAAUAAGUUCUGGAUAUCUCCUAGUAGAUCCUGAAUUACGUGUUGGUAGUGGUAAAGAAGUUCUUCCGUUAGAUUGUAUUCAGUGCCAAACUGUACUGUCAAAAGGCUUAGGCCCAUUACCAACCUGGGAGAACAAGCUGUUGGUUGCUCGACACUCUGGAUAUAAUAUGAUUCACUUUUCUCCAAUCCAGGAACUUGGAGCAUCAAAGUCUUCAUACAGCUUAAGCAAUCAGUUGAAGUUGAAUCCUUUAUUCAGUAGCGAUGAUAAGGAAGCUACCUUUGAAGAAGUUGAAGAACUGGUAUCAAAAAUACGUACUGAGUGGAAUGUACUUAGCAUUUGUGACAUUGUCUUGAAUCAUACUGCAAAUGAAAGUCCAUUCCUCAUUCAACAACCAGAAUGUACAUACAAUUGUCUGAAUAGUCCUCAUUUACGGCCAGCGUAUAUCUUAGAUGCUGUGCUUUUUGAAUUGACAAUCCAAGUUGCAUCUGGAGAAUGGGAAUUCAGAGGCAUUCCCACAGUGGUAGAAACUGAGGAACACCUGAAUGCAAUCCGUCAUGCAUUGCACACAUAUUUUUUACCUCUGGUGAAAAUUCAUGAGAUGUACACCUUGGACAUCAACGAGACAGUAGCGGAGUUUCUGAGCUUGACUCGAAAUCAGAUACCACAAGAAUCAGCUGGAGAAGUACCGGAAGAUGGUAUCUCCAUAAUUGGAGAUCCCCAAUUCCGGAGACUCAAGGCUACCAUAGAUAUGCAGCUUGCAUUACGAAUCUAUAAUGUGUACAGAGCAAAUUGUUUUGACGAAGAAACACGUCUCAAACGUUGUGCGGAAGAGCUGAAGGUGAAAUUAGAAGAGCUGAAUGGAUCCAUCAUUAACGAAAUACAAAAUCAUUUGAAUGCUGCAAUUGAGAAUACAAUUGCUGGCAUCCGAUACUUUAGAGUGCAAUCUGAUGGUCCUCGAGAGAAGGAAGUUAGUGAAAGGAAUCCACUUGUUCCUAGAUACUUCACGGAUUACGGAAAACCUACAUCCUUAGCUGAUCGAGAAUCAAUAAUGUAUUCCGAUACAGGAUGCUAUUUAAUGGCACAUAAUGGCUGGGUAAUGAAUAGUGAUCCCUUGAAGAAUUUUGCAGAUUCAGAUUCCACUGUCUACCUACGUAGAGAACUUAUUGCCUGGGGUGAUAGUGUAAAACUUAGGUACGGAAAUUCACCUGAUGAUUGUCCAUUUCUUUGGCAACAAAUGACAAAGUAUGUUGAGAUGACUGCAAAAAUUUUUGACGGCAUACGAUUGGAUAAUUGUCAUUCAACUCCAAUUCCAGUUGCUGAGUAUCUUCUGGAUGCUGCUCGUAGAGUCAACCCAGAUUUAUAUGUCGUCGCCGAGUUGUUUACUAAUUCUGACCAGAAGGACAACAUUUUUGUAAAUCGCCUUGGUGUGACGUCCUUAAUCAGAGAAGCAAUGUCUGCAUGGGACAGUCAUGAAGAAGGUAGACUGGUAUAUCGAUAUGGUGGUGAGCCGGUUGGAGCCUUUUUGCAGCCACGGCAACGACCAUUGGUGCCAAACAUUGCUCAUGCCUUAUUUAUGGAUUUAACUCAUGACAACCCAAGCCCUGUGGAAAAACGCAGUGUAUUUGACUUACUACCAAGUACAGCACUUGUGUCUAUGGCAUGUUGUGCCAGUGGUAGCAAUCGCGGAUACGAUGAAUUAGUGCCACACCACAUCCACGUCGUUGAUGAAACCAGAUUAUAUACAUCAUGGACGGAUAACAAUGAACUGGCUGAAAAUAAUCUAGCUCUUGUGAGUUCCAAGAGUGGUAUAAUUGCAGCUAAAAAGGCUUUAAAUGAUUUGCACUUUCUACUGGGAAAACAGAACUUUUCUCAGGUCUUUGUCGAUCAAAUGGAUACAGACAUUGUAGCAGUAACUAGGCAUUCGCCCAAUACUCACGAGAGCGUUGUCCUGGUUGCAUUCACUGCUUUCAAACAUCCUGAUUCCAAUGCUAGUGACUUGAGACGACAUAUCAAACCUCUUCGAGUUGAAGGAGUUAUUGACGAAAUCGUGUUAGAAGCAUCUUUAACUCACAAUAGCAUAAGAAAUGGCAAAUCGCCUUUCCAUCAACCAGAGGAGUUUAGUCGGGAUGAAGAUAUUAUAAAUGGAUUGGCGGAAUAUUCAUUGGAUAUUAAAGAGCACGUUCAAAUUUGUAACUCUACUAUUUUAGAGAAAGUCGACUCUGGUGAUCCAAAAAUUACACAGCUUAAUUUUGUUAAUUUCCAGCCUGGAUCCAUUGUAGUAAUUCGCGUAUCACUACAUAAUAAUAUAAAACCGGCUCUGGACAAGCUACAAAAUACCAUUCAAACAAUUACCUCAACUAAAAAUUCAGAUUUGCGCGUAAUCAUCUCUCGUAUGAACUUGGCAGACCUCAAUAGGGCUCUGUACCGUUGUGAACAAGAAGAGCGCGAUGAAAGUUCUGGAUCAUAUGGUGUUUAUGAUAUUCCUGGAUAUGGGCCGUUAGUUUAUGCCGGAUUACAGGGUUUCAUUUCAUUGCUAGCUGAAAUUCGUCCAAAUAACGAUCUUGGACAUCCCAUGUGUGCAAACCUCAGACAGGGUAACUGGAUGAUAGACUACAUUUGGCAAAGACUUAAAAGAGGCAAAGGUACAGCAGCCCUUGGGGAAUGGAUUGAACAAGCUGUGGAACCAUUCAAAGUUAUCCCUCGAUAUUUGGUGCCCAGCUACUUUGAUGUUAUUGUAACCAACGUUUACAUGACUUUAUUGGAUCAGUGUUACUCACUUAUGUCUAGCUUUGUUCAAAAUGGUUCAUCAUUUACUAAAUCAAUGGCCCUUGUCUCUGUACAAUUGGGGGGUAUGAUAAAAUCUGCACAGCUCCCUGAUCUGUCUCCAAAUUUGACCCCACCUAAGCCUAAAAUUGUGGAAACCGAAAAUUCAAAGAUGCAAUCGUGCUUAACACUCUCUGCAGGCCUACCCCACUUUUCUGUCGGGUAUAUGCGAAACUGGGGAAGAGAUACAUUUAUUGCAAUGAGAGGAUUGUUACUUUUAACCAAUAGAUCUAAUGAAGCAAGAUUUAUUAUUUUGGGUUUUGCUGGUACACUGAGGCAUGGGCUCAUCCCUAAUUUACUUGAUGGAGGAAAGAACUCAAGGUAUAAUUGCCGAGAUGCGGUUUGGUGGUGGCUGUAUACUAUUCAAAAUUACGUUGAAGAAGUUCCUGAUGGCAUAAACAUUUUAAAAGAUGCUGUUUCAAGGCUUUAUCCGACGGAUGAUUCUACAGCCUUACCUGCUGGACAAGUGGACCAACCAUUGCAUGAUGUUAUACAAGAAGCCCUUACAGUGCAUUUUCAAGGGCUGUGUUUUCGAGAACGGAAUGCUGGUAGAAAAAUUGACGAACAAAUGACAGACCGUGGUUUCAACAAUCAGAUUGGAGUACAUCCAGAGACUGGUUUCGUUUUUGGCGGAAAUGAUGCUAAUUGUGGUACCUGGAUGGAUAAGAUGGGAUCUUCUGAAAAAGCAGGAAAUAAAGGCAAACCGGCCUCACCGAGAGAUGGAUCUGCAGUUGAAUUGAUUGGGCUGAGCAAAAGUGUCCUUACUUUUUUGGCAGAACUCUAUAGACAAAAUCUGUUCCCUUAUGGAAGUGUUCAAAGGAAAAAUCGAGAUGGAACCGUUGUCACAUGGAGCUACAAGCAAUGGGCAGAUAGGAUUGGAGCAAACUUUGAAAAGUAUUUCUACAUUAAUGAAAAACCAACUGAUGGAGAAUUGAAACCGGAAAUGAUACAUCGCCGAGGUAUCUACAAAGAUACUCAUGGCGCAACACAGCCUUGGGCUGAUUACCAACUUCGACCUAAUUUUCCUGUGGCAAUGGUAGCUGCGCCAGAGCUGUUUGAUCCUCAUCAUGCAUGGACAGCGUUGAAGCAGACUGAGGAAUUAUUGUUGGGGCCAUUGGGAAUGAAGACUUUAGACCCUGCUGACUGGGCUUAUGAUGGGUAUUAUGACAAUUCCAACGACUCCAAUGAUCCAAAGAUAUCCCAUGGAUGGAACUAUCAUCAAGGACCAGAGUGGGUUUGGCCGAUAGGAUACUUUCUGAGAGCACGUCUUCAUUUUGCGUCAUUAGUAGGAGGUGAAGAUGAACUUCGUCGCACAAUUGAAUCUACAGAAACUAUUCUAUCUCGACAUUUAGUUGAAGCAUCGACUAACCAUUGGAGAGGGCUUCCGGAAUUGACAAACAAAGACGGUGCAUAUUGUCGUGAUAGUUGCCGUACACAAGCUUGGAGUGCUUCGGCAAUUCUCGAGGUUCUCUACGAGUUGGAAAAACUUAAAAAAGAAUCACCAUCUGUUGGGAAAAAUCAAUCAAACUGAUAUAAUUUUGCGUGUGUUCACCACCGCCACUUACACUUAGAGUAUUUGAAACUAGCGAAGAAUCGUAACGUAGGAGGUAGACAAAGCCAAGAAAGUAUUUGUACUGGCGAAGAUAGAGUAGAUGCACUUUGCACGGAGACACACGCAUAUGUUACUCCGCUGUUAGAUUUAGUGCAUGCACAAUUACCGCACACGAUAAAUUUCGGAAUGAUACACGAAACUGAAACAUACUCCAUCGGAAACUCAAAUACAAACGGAAUAAUUGGAAAUGUAGUUUCACCCAGGCAUGCUCAAAUCAAAGUCUGUGCACCAAAAACUACGAUUGAAUCGCCAGUUCCGCAUCAAUCAGAUUUGGAAAAAAUUCGUACUGCUGAUAAUGAACCUGACUUCAGAAACUUAGGCUCUGAAAUCAUUCACGGCGCUGCACACUUUCUUUAUAGUGACAGGCCUUCUUCGAACGACUUCGAGCAUUCAUCAAGGCAGUAUUUGAUGAAGCAAAUGCAUAAAAGUCAUCAUUACGAUCAACUAGUAGGUGUGAAUCCAGAUAAAAUCGAUUUGGAUAUCCUUGCCAGCGAAAUGUCUCCUUUUCCCGACUUUCAAAUUCACGCGACACAUACCGCUGUUGUUAAAUCACCUACAACUGAUCACAUUUACGAAGAAAUUGGAUUGAUCACUGGGUCAUCAAAUACGUCAAAGUAUGACAUUAUGGAUUACUAUGAAAAAUAUAGUCCAACAACAGCUAAAAUGUUGAUAGACACAUUGUUUCUACCGGGGCAUAAGAUUUGCAAAAUUUGUGCGGCGAUGCAAAGAAGUGUAAUAUACAGCGAUCGUUUAAUAAAAUUUAACGAACCACUAUAUGCGAAAGAAGUGGCAUUAAUGCAAAUAGACGACUACAUCUACUUCAGAUAUACGGCUGAUACUUGCUAUUCAAAUUUUGGGCGUUUUCUGGAUAACUACGAUUUUCAAAACUUUUUACCUAUCCACAACACAGUCAAACCUAACACUUCUGGAAUAUUUUAUUCGGAUAAUUUUGCGAUAGACGUAUUUGACACAAAGUCUACUUUAGAGCCAUCCAUACGGUUAGUAGAUACCACUUUUCAAGGAUUAGGUAAUACCGAUCUAUAUCACAGAAAAGCGAAUCAUUUUCUCAGCCGCAUAUCCGCGAACGGUUUUUCUCCUAUGGUCUUUAAUAGUGUUUCAAACAAUUUUAUGAAAACCAUCACAAGCGUUAGUUAUAAUACAGAUCUGAACAAUUCGAUGAAUUACCGUAAAGAUGUAGUUAAAUUACGUAAUUCAAAGUCAAAUGAGUUGCCUCUAUCUGUUAUUGAACCACAUCCUGACAGAUCCAGCCUGUUAUUGCUCGAGCCACUAUUACUUAUGCCAGAAUUAUCAAAUCCUAGACGAAAACCAGCGAAAAAUCGUAUAACACAUUCUGAACAUUUGAGAAUCGUACGAAUGAUGAUCGCCUAUACGUUAGCAUUUUUUCUCUUGGCAAUUAUCACUUUCUAUAUAAUAUAUUUUACAUAAACUGAGCAUAUUUUAUAUGUACUGUUCCACUGUUCAUGAAAAAUUUGUUAAAAAUUUAUAUGUUGGGCGCAGAUACAUUUUGCCGACAAAAACGUAGAGUUUCUAUUUUUUUAUGAAUAUUCUGCAUAACACAUUCUUUACCAAUGAUAUUAUGUUGUGCAAAUUUUUUUCACAAGAUUUUACCUAACAUCCGUGUCAAGUAAACUUGAUACACAUGUCUGCUUAUAAUCAAUGCUCGUUUGCAUAAAUUGACAGCUUGUGCGACUAACUUUUCUAUGCUUUCACAUCUUAAUUAAGAUUGCUUAUGCUUUAAUUGGUCACUGCGUCGGAUAGCUUUAAUUCCAUUACCAUAAGUACUUGAUUCAUAACUUCAUUUCUAUCAGAUGAUAUGUAAUAGACACGUUCAUAUAUUAAAUGUAAGUACGUCUUUAGUUCAUUUGUAGGAAGAGUUUUAUUUCUAUAUUUAUACUACUGAAAUUAAGGUAACUCGACCGCUAAUAAUGCUAUAUCAUUUGUUAUGAUCGAGAAAUAUGAAAUCUCAUCAAAAAUCUGUUUUUAUCCAAUGUUUUAAAAUAAAGAGAUAGAAAAUGGAAUAAUGAAUUAUAGUUCUAAGUUUGAAGAUAGAAUAGAACAGUAGGUGAUUAUACUAUUACUGUGCCAUUAGACUAUUAUAUUAUUACUUUUCAUCAGUGAAAUGGAUCGUCAAGACUGUGUUCAAAGUAGGGUUUUGGGAAAUGAGGGAUCAGCAAUGUUUUACCGAUAAUAUGCACAAUAAUUUCUUAAUUGUUUGUUAUGAUGAUUACUAUUGUUGUUAUUGGCCUUAUUAAUAUUAUUAUUAUUCUUAUUAUUAAUUGUAUAGUAUACAGUUGAAAUAUAUAUAUACAUGCUUGCCUAA